UCUGCUCGGAUGUUAACUUGCUCGAAACCGCCAUGACCUCUGUGCCCGACUUUAGGACGACCUGUCUUCGCAGAACCCACGUUGCUGCCCCUCCCACUCGCUGCGCCUGAGAGCGAUGGACUACAGCUACAAUGCUCCCUCGACGGCCUUGUGGCCUGGGCAGCCGCCUUCCCCCGAGAAAUCAAGCCAAAUCCUCAUCCGCGAAUAUCCCCACCGAGCCAUUGCCAUCACCUCCGGCUCGCACGCCCUGAUCCUUCGGCACAGCGCGGCGACACGCGAAGCCAUCGCCAAUGGCUCCCUGGCCUCGUACUCGUCCGCGCGUCCGGGGUCAGCCGCCCCUGACAAUAUCGCAUCCAAGUGCAUGGUCGAGUUCUCCCCGACGUCCGACCGGUUGCUCGCCGACUACCGUCCCCUGACGCCGCGACCAAUUUACGGAACCCUGGGGCUUAUUUCGAUAGGGCGAGAUGUGUUCCUGUGUGUCAUCACCCAGGCGUCACGUGUCGCAACCGUUCGCCCUGGCGAAACCGUGGAGAAAAUCGAGGCCGUCCAGUUCUUCUGCCUCAACUCCGCCGAAUACGAUGAGGUCGUCGCCCUCGACCCCUACGAGGCGGACUCGGACGCCGCGUCAGGAUAUGGACAGGGCCUUGGGCGGAGAGAGAUGCCCGAGGAACACCCUUGCCAGGACUUGCAGAAGCUGCUUAGCAAUGGGACCUUCUACUAUAGCACGGACUUUGAUGUUACAAACCGCAUGCAGGACAGGCCGGCCGAUGCUGCGAAUUUCGAUAUAGACAACUUCGACGAAUCCUUCCUCUGGAACUCGUACAUGAUCCGCCCACUGGUGCAAUUCCGAUCCCGACUUCAAAGACAGGAGCGCGAGGCCCUGGAUGCCUCGAGGAUAUUGACCUCUGCAAUCCGCGGUUUCUGUAGGAGUUGGGCGAUACCACAGACCUCGGCGCCCUUGAGCUCUGCGAGGACCGGUCUGCCCUCCUACUUGACCGUCAUAUCGCGCUUGUCGUGCAAGAGAGCUGGGACAAGGUUCAACUCCAGGGGGAUCGAUGACGACGGAAACGUGGCCAACUUUGUGGAGACCGAGACGACGUACUGGAGCCCGUCUGGUGUUGUCUUCUCGUACGUUCAAGUACGUGGGUCAGUACCCGUCUUCUGGGAGCAGGCAGCCGGUCUCCUGCCUAACCAACAGAAAAUCACCAUCACUCGGUCUGCCGACGGAACCCAGCCAGCGUUCGACAAGCACUUCUCCGACCUGGAACAAGCAUAUGGCGCGGUGCAUGUCAUUAAUUUGCUCAGUGCUACGAAGCCUGGAGAGUAUGAGCUUACCACGCUCUACCGAUUGGGCAUUCAAAACUGCCCGCUCAGCCGGCCUGGGGGAGGAAAAGAGUCCAGAGACCACGCGCUGCUGCGGGAAACGGAGUACGACUUCCACGCCGAGACGAAGGGCCCCCAGGGCUACGUGGCGGCAAAUGAAAUCCGUCGGUAUAUCGAGGACUCGGCCGAUGGCUUUGCCUACUAUCUCGCCCAGGAAUCGGAGGAUGCAGGGCAUCUGAAUGGUGGUGGUUCAAACGGCCACAAGAAUCGCCGCUACGUUGUGGUUCUGCAGCAAGAAGGUGUCUUUCGGACGAAUUGCCUGGAUUGCCUGGACAGAACGAACCUGAUUCAGACGAUCCUCUCGCAGAUGGCAGUUGAAGCUUUCCUCGGCCACAGAGGAGAGCGAGCUACGUCUGACUUCUGGUCUAGACAUGCGAACCUGUGGGCUGACAAUGGCGACUCCCUGUCCAAGAUCUAUGCUGGCACGGGCGCGCUGAAAUCAUCCUUCACUCGGACUGGGAAGAUGUCUCUCGCAGGCGCCAUCGCCGAUGUGCGCAAGUCAGCCACCAGGCUUUAUUACAACAACUUUGCCGACAAAGCACGCCAAAUCACAAUCGACACUCUGCUGGGGAGAAUAGUUAAUCAGGCAUCUGUCAUCCUUUUUGAUCCCAUCAGCGACUAUGUUACCGGCGAGCUGCAGCGACGAAGUAGUGAAUUCUCCUCGAGUGAGAAGAUCCACAUCCUUGUGGGGACGUUCAACCUCAAUGGGCGGACCGACGGCAUCAAUGAAGACCUGUCUUCCUGGCUUUGGCCCUCUGAGUUGGGUUCUAUCCAGCCAGAGAUCAUCGCGGUCGGGUUCCAGGAGAUAGUCGAACUCAACCCACAGCAGAUCAUGAACAGCGACCCCAGGAGGAAGCAGCUCUGGGAAAAAGCCAUCAAGAGGACGCUGGACCAACAUUACAGCAGAGAAGGUGAUGAGAAAUAUGUGCUGCUCCGGAGCGGACAACUCGUUGGUGCCGCGCUGUGCAUCUUUGUGAAGGCCUCGGUGCUCCAUAACAUCAAGAACGUUGAGGGCAGUGUCAAGAAGACUGGACUCUCAGGCAUGGCCGGCAACAAGGGAGCUGUCGCAAUCCGACUCGACUACGCAAACACACCUAUCUGCUUUGUAACGGCUCAUCUGGCGGCUGGGUUUGCCAACUACGAGGAGAGAAACAGAGAUUACGCCACCAUCGACCAGGGCCUUCGGUUCCAGAGGAAUAGAGGGAUUGAUGAUCACGACUCUGUCCUCUGGUUUGGAGAUUUUAAUUAUCGGAUUGGGUUGCGUCUGGAAGAUGCCAAGGAGCUGGUGAAGAGGAGAAACCUGGAGCGGCUGUUCGAAAACGACCAGCUGAACCUGCAGAUGGUUGCGGGGCUUGCCUUUCCCUUCUACUCCGAGGCCCGUAUUACGUUUAUGCCGACGUACAAGUUCGACAUUGGCACCGACGAAUACGACAGUUCUGAGAAAGCCCGCAUCCCGGCCUGGACGGACCGCAUCCUUCGAAAGGGCUCCAACCUGCGGCAGCUGGCCUACAACUCAGCCCCCCUGCGCUUCUCGGAUCACAGGCCAGUCUAUGCGGUGUUCGAAUGUACCGUCAAUAUCGUGAACGAGAAGCUCCGGGAUAAGAUAGGCCGAGAGAUCUACGAGCGACGCAAGGCCGAGGUUGGCGGAGACACGGCGAAUCUGGCUGCCAACGAGUCGGAAGACGAGGAUCUGAUAGACUACGACGCGAUUGAACCUGGGCUUCCACCAGCCAGCUCCGACCGCCAGAAGUGGUGGCUGGACAAUGGCAAGAUGGCCCGAUCGUCGAUUAGCCCUCCAAAGCCUGAAAAUUCGGCAUCCCAGACCAUCUUGAACCCGAAGCGGCCAACGAACCCCCACGUCCCGACUGAUGAGCCGGACUGGGUCAGCGUUCCCAGGUCCGAAUCGCGCCUCUCGUCCUUCUCAAGCAUGUCGACGUCGCCAUACGAACACGUCAACCAUUCCAUGUUGCUCUCGUCUUCCGUAUCCAGUUCAGCGCCCAGGAAGCCCCUCCCUCCCUACGACCCGUCAGCGCUUCCCGCCAAGAUCGGGAGACUGCAGAUCAACGAAGACGCGAAGGGCACGCAAGUAGACGGCGGAGCGCCGCCCCCUCCUCCUCCACGGAGACAGACCAGCAUGACUCCUGGCUCAGUGGCCAGUUCCCCUGCUGUUUCAAUUCAGCAGAAGCGAGGACAGGUCAACAAGGCACCCCCUGCGCCUCCCGUGGGACCGAAGCCAGCGGUAUCGCCAGAGACGGCGGCGAAGCAGAAGUCCCCUCCCCCGGUGGCCAAGAAGCCGGCUCACCUCACGACGCCCGCCUCCCCGGCAAACAGCGUCUCGGCAAGUCUCAUGCCCAAUGCAAAGGCGCAUGAUCCAAACGCCUCACGACCUGAGCUCCCCCGUCGUUCCACGGCUAGUGUUCACAACUCGAUUUCCAAUCUCAGCAGCAGUCUGCCUACAUUGCCAGCUAGGAAUGGGGUCAUCUCCCGGGAAGAGGCGCCGCCACCGGAACUCCCCAGGAGAAGCGACGCCACCACGGGCAGCCCCGCGCAAAACCACCACCGCAUGGCAGCUGCGGGGGGUAUUCCCCUCGUUGGCCUCGCAGCGCCGCAGGAGCGGAAACCACAAUUGCCGCCUAGGAAACCGACCAUCCCGGCUCCUGCAACGCAAGGCCCCAAGCAGGCGCCGCCUCCGCCGGGUCCCAAGAAGCCACAGGUGGUUGAUCUGCUGGGUGAUGACGGGGCUUUGGAGAUGGGGGGCUGGGAGGCGUUGAAGCCUUCCUCAUAGGAAGAGGAGGAAUGAACUGCCGGGCUUGUCGCUGGCAUUCUGGGUCGUUCCGGCCGGCCGGCUGUUUGGGAGACGUUCAGGUUACAUACACG